AUGAAUCAAAAAUCAUUGUCUCUCUCAAUGAACAACACGUCCAUCUCGGCUCCUCCAUUCUCGGCUGCGGAGCAGGAAAUUACAGAGGUUGGCGGUGGCAAUUUCAACUUGGCUCCUCCACUGAUGAUCGCCAUGGAAGAACAAGAAGAUUAUGAUGAUGGUGUUUAUUACUACGAAUCUGAGUUUGUUGAUGAUGAAUACGAUGGUGGGGUUGACGUUUUUCAUAUCGAAUAUGGUGAUGAUGAUGAUGAAGGUGCUGUUUAUUACAUGGAAUCAUUCCAUGAUUAUGAUGGUGGAAGAUUAAUAGUAGGAUUGAAAGUGGUGAAUAUUGAAGAAGGGCCAUUGGUGCUUUUGGGUGGUGAGCAGUGUGCAGUGUGUUUGGAAGAGUUUGGUGUUGGGUGGCAACCUAAGUUGCCAUGCUCACAUAUCUUUCAUCAAAACUGCAUUAUCCAAUGGCUACGUAUGAGUAAUUUCUGUCCAUUGUGUCGCAACAAGAUGGCUUAG